GCGUGUCAUAGCAUGCGUCUGGCAGAGAGUGUGUUUGACAUUUACGUUACAGGGAUAGUGUGUGUGAAAGGAGCUAGCCUGUCAAUGAAGCGCAGGGUAGCGAUGCUAGAGAAUAUGUCGAGCCAUAUAGCUACAUCUUAUUUUAAAUAGCGUCAUCUUUUUUUUUUUUUGCUACCAAGUUCCAUGCCCGUCUCGGGAGACACUGCAUCCAGCCCAGCGUUGGAUAUGAAACUACCGAACAAACAACGUGUUCGCUAACAUCUUCAGGGCUAGCAUGCUGCAGAGUGCAUUAAGGUCGUUUCCAGGAGUUUGGCUGUGAAAUGUGGUUGGGUAAAUCUCGCGUUAGGUGAAGAUCACACUGUUUGUAGUUGUUCCGUGUUGUGCACUCUACUGGUCGCGGUUUAAAUCUCACUUCUCCGCGGACCAGUGCACAAGGUUAAGAGUGGCAAUAGCUAGCUAGCCCUACCAGCACUUUUUGCAUCAGUUUGCCCUCACUUUCCCACGCUUGUCCCAAAAGACAGGUGCUGUGGUCGAAGUAGGUCAAGUGUGGUCGGGAACGCGAACCCCCCCCCCCACUGUAAUCGCAGGGAUUAUACGAUAUUUAAUUAUUUCUAAUAAUUGAUCGGGCUGUUUUGAGUGGAGCCAGGAUUCACGAUGCUGCUGUCCUUCAUUGUACAUACAUACUCGCUGCGGUAUUGGUUCCCUGCCACUGUCAUGCUGGGCACAGCCCCGGCGUACCUCCUGUCGUGGUGGGUAUGGCGCUUGUGUUCCACGGUGUUACCCCUAAGACUUUACCACAAACUGGACGAUCGCCUCUACUGCGUCUACCAGAGCAUGGUCCUCUUUUUCUUUGAGAACUACACGGGCGUGGAGAUUGUAAUAUACGGAGAUAUACCAAAGAAGAAGGAAAAUGUUGUCUACCUGUCAAAUCACCAGUGUACAGCGGACUGGAUCAUAGCCGACAUGCUGGCCAUCAGACAGGAUGCCCUAGGCCACGUGAGGUACGUCCUGAAAGACGGGCUGAAGUGGCUCCCACUGUACGGGUGGUAUUUUUCCCAGCAUGGAGGUGUGUACGUCAAGCGAAGUGCAAAGUUUGAGGAGCAGGCGAUGAAGAAGAAGCUGCUAACGCAGGUCGAAGCAGGAACACCAAUGUAUCUUGUCAUCUUUCCGGAAGGAACCCGCUAUAAUCCGGAGCUCAAGAAUGUAAUUUCUUCCAGUCAGGAAUUUGCUUCUAAAGAAGGGCUGGCUCUCCUGAAGCACACUCUGACCCCCAGGAUGAAGGCCUCUCAUGUAGCCAUCGAGGCCAUGAAGGACCACCUGGACGCGGUGUACGACGUCACCGUGGCCUACGAGGGGACGCUGGACUCCGCGGGCCACAGGCUACCGGCCCCGACCAUGCCAGAAUUCCUGUGUAAAGAAUGUCCCCGGGUCCACGUCCACUUUGAGCGGGUGGCCAUGAAGGAAGUCCCCCUCGAGCCGCUGUUCUUCCGCCGGUGGCUCCACGAGAGGUUCGAGAUCAAGGACCGACUGCUGACCAGCUUCUACGAGUCGGACGACGCCCAACAGAGGAGCCGCUUCCCGGGGGAGGGGCGACGCUCUGCGCUGAGCAUCGCCAAGACCCUCCCCUCCAUGAUGGUCCUGGGGGGCCUCACCGUCCCGCUGCUCCUGACUGAGUCGGGCAGGAGCUUGUACGUCAGGACCUGGGUCUACGGCACUCUCCUGGGGUGGCUGUGGAUGAACGUCAGCCCCUAGGGAGCGCAUAGGAACACGCACGCACACACGCGUGUGUCGGUUUACACCGGAUGAUCGCCGCCACCGCGGCGACGCACACAAUAAACGGGGGAGGUGUUGCCGGGUCUUUUUUUUCUUUUUUUUUUUUCUUGUGCAGCGACAAGAGUUGGGGGGGGGGAUUUACGAGGAGCCAACCGCUGGUCUUCCUUUUUAAACCUAGACAACCACAGCCUGAGGGAGCGGAGGGCAGAAGGCGCCUGAGCUUCCAGGUCCAUCGUGAUGGGUGGAUCAGUUAGUUGUUCUGUUUAGUUUCACAUGCCAUCCUUUACCUCAGCCACAAACUCAAAAAUACGAUUCUCUCCCUCCUUCCGUUAAGAGUAUUAUCCGUCAGAAAUUAUCCAGAUUAUUUUUCAUGUAUUUUUGCAUGCACGCUCUCCCAAGCACUUAUGAGGCAUUACCCAGGUGUGUGUGUGUGUGUGUGUGUGUGUGUGUGUGUGGCCCAUGUGAUGCUCUUCCCUCAAAGCCUAGCAGCAGCUCUGUCGCCCAGGGAACGGAUGUAACUCGUUGAUAUUGUUUAUAAUGCGACCUCGUAUGGAUGCCAAGUUUCAUGUCAGGAGGGUUAUGCACUUUGCUAAUUUCGGAGCAAUGCUCUACAUUGGAACAUUUUCCUUCAUACGCAAAUGUGCCGCUCUUUGAAUCCAGGUGUUUAUCUGAAGUGUAUAGAUGGGUUUCAAGGCGUCAACAGUAAUGUCACCUGGUUACACUUUUGGUUACACAUAGGUUCUGCAUUUUACUAGCCCUUUAAAAACCUUCUGUUAGAUGUUUGUUUGUUUGCAGUUUAAUGGUGAAUGGUUAAAUGUGAAAAAAGUUGAAAUGCAAACCUGGUUCUGUUUGUUUUCCCACUGCCUGGAAAGAAUUGUAUGCGAGUUAGCCAAUCCAAGACGCUGCCUUGAAUGGUGACUAUAUUGCUGGGACAGGUACUGUUAUAAGCUCAUGUUUAUUUAUGUGUGUUUAAAUCAAUAAUAUAAUGUUCUGCCAAGGUAAAACAUCGCUCUAUAUUGGAAAUGACCCAUUGCUGAAACUUCCUUUUCUUUCUUUAUCUUUUUUUAUCUGAGCCAUGCUUUUUGUAAUACUUGUUUGAGUACUUCUUUUUGCCAAUGUCCAUUCUCCUGCUGACAUAACCGGCUACACAUUUUGAUCACCUCACAAAAUACAUUUUUAUUUGACUAUUUACUAAAUGACAGUGGGUGUGUGUAGACACACCGUACGUGACGCUUUCAACCAUCACGUACAGCUCAACAAAAGUAUCGAGCCAUCUUGAGUGUACGAGACCUUCAUGUUUCUUUGCACAAAAUGCCAUCUGUAUUAUAAACAUCGCUGUAUUGUGAGAGUCACUGUAUGCCCGUUCUUGUUUACUGUAACCAUUGUACAACUCGUCACUUUACAUAUUGGCUUUCUUAUUCUGUGGGUUGGAUCUUCUCUUUGGGUCAUUCAUACAUGUGAGUUCAAGGUUGUUUUUUUUAAACUAUACCUCACUUGAAAUCUCUUUUGUUUAACAAAAAAAAACACAACAUUGCCAGCCAUUUUAUAGCCCUUUUUUUUUUUAAUGUGUCAACCGUAGACUUUAUUUAAUCUGGGGAUUCUAUGUAGGUACUUCCAAUGCCAGUGAUUCCACAAUACGUGCCUUCUAGUCGGGAGUCCCCACCCUCAUCAAGGGGACCCGAGUGGGUUAUUUCACCCAAUGACUGCAUAGAGGCUUCACGCUGGAAAACUGGGACUGCAACAAGAUAUAGAAUAUUGGUCAAAUAGUCUUCAGUACAUAGUGGCUUAUUUUAUCCUAAAGGAAGUGCAUUGAUUCACUUCUUGAAGCCUACUAUAAAGAAUGGAAACCUUUAAGUGAUGUAAGUCUUGGGAGUUUGGGUUGGAGUGAAAUAAAGUGUUUUGGGCGGAGUUCCGCUUUGCCAUUGCUUAUUGAUUUAUACUGAUAAGUUUGCUCUCGAUGCCACAUGAAUUAAAGAUCUGAAAUUGUUUUUCAUGAAA